ACCAAUGUUGAUGUAAGAAAAUUGCCCAAGAAAGCAUCCGUUGGCAACGAGUUUUAACCAUUCUAUUGUUUUAAUUCACGUUUAUCUUUCGGUAAUCUAAACUCCAUAUACAAUUUGGGAUGUAGCUCUAAAUGAUUUGAGGAACUCUGAAAUGAUCAGCCAAGGCAAAAUCUUUAAAGCUGAUAUCCUACUACUGCCCGUUGGAAAGACUUGCGGCUUUAUUAUUAUCUUGGGGUCAACGGUGAGUUGAGUGACAGCUAGUACAUUUGUAUUAGUACAAAUCCAGACAAAGAAGUAAAAAAAGAACUACAUUAGACGACUUAACCUUGUUUCAGUCCUAUUCUCUGUGAUGUGACUGAUAAUAAAUAGCAUUGAUAAAAUAAAUUAAAUCAAUAUCCAGAUGUAAUCUAUUCUAAUCUAAAAAAAACAAGCAAAAUGAAAAUGGACAUUAGAUUUAGAAAUAACGAUGAAGUCAUCAACGAGAGAAAAUGACAAGGAAAAGGAAUAACAAAGUGCCAUUAUCUGGUGCAGAAUAGGUUAUAAACUUACAACAGUAAUAUAGAAGAAAACUAUAUCAGUAAAUCAUCACAAAGUUCAGCAGUGCCUCAAGAUGAGUUUAGAUGAUUUUACUCGUCUUAAAGUUAUUGGUAAAGGAAGUUAUGGAGAAGUCUGGUUAACAACAUACAAAAAAGAUAGAAGAAAACAGUAUGUUUUAAAGAAGAUGAAUUUACAAAGAGCAUCAAAAAGAGAAAGAAAAUCAGCUGAACAAGAGGCAAAACUUUUAUCAAAAUUAAAACACCCAAAUAUUGUGUCUUAUAAAGACUCGUUUGAGACAGAAAAUGGUUAUUUAUAUAUAGCUAUGCAGUAUUGUGAAGGUGGGGAUUUAUAUAAUAAACUGAAAGAACAAAAAGGUGUGCCUCUAGAAGAAAGACAAGUUGUGGAAUGGUUUAUACAAAUAUCUAUGGCAUUACAGUAUUUGCACGAAAGAAAUAUCCUUCACAGAGAUUUAAAGACGCAAAAUAUAUUUCUAACCAAGAGUAAAAUAAUCAAAAUAGGAGAUUUAGGAAUUGCAAGAGUGUUAGAAAGUGCUAAUGACAUGGCAUCCACAUUAAUAGGAACCCCAUAUUAUAUGAGUCCUGAAUUAUUUGCAAAUAAACACUACAAUCACAAGUCAGAUGUUUGGGCUCUAGGUUGUUGUGUUUAUGAAAUGGCUACAUUAAAACAUGCAUUUAAUGCUAAGGAUAUGAAUGCUCUGGUUUAUAAAAUUCUGAAAGGAAAGAUGCCUCUAAUGCCAAAGAAAUACAGUGUUGAACUAGUUAACUUAAUACGUCAGAUGUUACAUCAGGAUCCAGCUAAACGUCCAAGUGUUAAUAAAAUUCUACGAGAUUCUUACAUUAAGAAAAACAUAGCUGUCUUUCUAGAAGAUACCAAGAAGAGCCGCCGCCCGUCAAGUGCAGGUAGAAGUCGGCCAAGCUCUGCAUCAUCAGCUCGAUCUGUUUCCAGUAUUACUCCACUACUAAAAUCUAUACCAUCAUCUAAUAGUGAGCUAUCUGUACCAUGUCCUUCAUCAGCCAGUGUUGCAUCCCAAUCAGCACUACCACCUCCACGUGCAUCACCAUCAUCAUAUAGCAAACCACCAUUGGCACAAGAACCCCCAAGAUUAACACCGUCAUCAGAAGAAGAGCUGCCCAGAUCAGCACCUUGUCAAAUCAGCAAACCUUCUGUUUCAGAAUAUUACAAUAAAUUGGAAUCUGUUCAGGAACAACCAAGAUCAGCAUAUAACAAACCAUUAUCCAUUCCAGAUGACUCAAGAUCAGGCCCUUCAUCAUAUGAUACACCACCAUCCAGAUCCGAUGAAGUGGACAGUGUUUACAUAAAUCAUGUAGAACAAGCUGCUGUUUAUAAUAGACCGGCAGAAUCGGGAGAUGGGGUGCGAACGAAUCUUUCACGCAAGUCAUCCAGAUCAGAUCUAGAACCAAUUGAAGAGAAAGUUCAAGUUCCACAAGGUGGCGAUAUGAAUGCCAAUUGUUUUGAUGAUGAUGAUCAAAGUUCACUUAAAACAGAUGAAAAGAAAAAGAAAGGGGACACAACACCUAAAAAGAAAGCAUUUUUAAGAAAUCGUAUCAAGAGUAAAAGUGAAGGUGAUGAUAAAUCAGAUGCUGAUUCUAUAACAAGUGUUAAAUCUUCUAGAUCUAUAUUUAGCAAUCCCAAACCGGUAGUCACACCCCGUCCAUUACCCACUCCACCAGUAAAAGUUGUAGAAAGUGUUGGACUACCUCAGAGAAGAAAUGGAGAUAAAAGUAAUAAAGAACCCAAAUCAACUGAUUCAUCAUCAGGUGUUUCAAGUUCUAAAGAAGAUGUUGGUGGUGAUGUAGAUACACCUGUACAUAGCAGUUUACCAAAUUUAUCAGCAAGAGAACGAAGACGGUUACGAGAUAGUCAAACAUCUGCCUCCUCAGAUAAUCAUCACUUAGCUAAGAUAAAAUUACGUCGACCACCAGAACGUCGCCUGUCAGAGAAAGUUACACGUUCAGAAAAGAAACAAGUUGUAGUUCAAAAGAUAGUAGAUCCGAAGAAGCCUACACGUCAACCAUCAAUAAAUGAUGACAGCAGUUCUUCAUCAGAAGAAUUAUUACAAGCAGGAGACUCUAAAGAAAUAGCUAAACGAAGGUUUAAAACAUAUGUAAUAAAUACUGAAUCACCUGACUCGGGUCCCUGUCAUCCAGUUUCUAGGGAGACGAAAGAAAUGAAUAAUUUUAUAACACUGUUGAAUACGACACUUCUACAAGAGAAAGAGAAAUCUGAUGAGGAUGAUGAAGAGGCUGAAACGUUAAAACCAAUCGAAGAAAUUGAAGAUACUGAAGUGACAGACAUUGUUGAUCAUCCUGCCUCAAAUAAUUCACUGAAACCUAACGAAAGUCUACCUAUACAUAAAUCUAUGUCAAUGCCAAGUAUAGAAACACUGAGUGAUAAUUCACGUCUCAUGAAAAGAAUUCAACAACUUCAUACUGAUUGUGUAAAGGGUGUUGGUUAUGCAAAAGUAAAAGAAGCCUAUCAUAUUCUAAAUAGAAUAGAAGAAGAUGAAGUAGAGCCAAAGUUGGUUGCUUUGUUGGGUAAAGAUAAGUUUGAUGAAUAUGCAGGUAAAAUCUGGCAGCUCAAGUUUUGUGAGGAAUCUUUAUUUCUAUCAUCAUAGUUCAACAUAUAGUUAAUUAACAAUAAGAUGACUGAGAGACUAUGGAGUAUAUUGUACUAGGUGUUAACUGUCUGAACAUGGACGGAACAUGAAAUAUGAAUCUGGGCAUUAAAGAUGGAUGUCUAUGGUGUAGUAAUAUUAAAGAAACUGUUAUUAAUAUGAAAUUAGUUGUGAAUUAAUUUCAUUUGACUUACAAACCGUAUUAAAAUGAGUGGCCAUAUGUUCAUCAAUGACAUGGAAUAGCAAACAGACUGUAUUACUGUACGCAUAAUUGUCAAUGUAUUAAUUAAAGAUUGUGUGUUAUUGAUUCAACCUCGCAGCUUGUUCUACUGAUUAAACUACAUCAUUUAAACUUAAUUCAAACUUUACAGUGAUAGAAAAUCAUUGCAUAUGUCUAGUAUGUGUAGCAACAUGCAGCAAAGUAUAUCUAUUUUCAAUAGUUGAGAAAUGUUACUGAUGGGAAAUUAUUCCAUGUAACAAGUAUUAACUAUCAAAAUCAAAAUGAUUUUCACCAGAUCUCGACUGCUCAAAUAGUUCUCCCGUUCGCGUGGUAUGAUUUUGUGUGAACUUAAAAUAAAACAAAGGACUGUAUUUAGUCGAAUUGUUAUUUAUGAGCAAUAUGAUUAGCAUCCUUAUGGUAUGUGGAAAAACAUUUUAAUAUUUAUAAUUUUAUAAUGCAAAGAUUCCCAACAUUUUCAGUGAUGCAUUUUGAACUAGUUAUUACAUCAGUGGGCAAGUAUUUUUGGUUGAUAUUGAGAUAAUAAAACUUUGUAAUUACUUGUGUCAUUCCAAUAUAAGUACACAGAAAUGCGAAAAAAACUUUUAAGAAAGUGUGUGUAUACAUUUGUAAAUAUAUGAAUUGACAUUAAUAUAUUUGGUUAAAUUAUAUCAUUUAUUUAUUACCAAUUGUUAGUUGUCAGUAAAUCUAUUGUAUAUACAAGAGUACAACACAACUUGUUAUAUAUAUGACCUUAAAUUAAUAUUAGUAAAAAUAAAAUCAUAGCACACACAAAAACAGAUCAAAUUCAAUUAGUUUCAAUUGACAUGGAAUGAUGAAUACCUAAAAAUUAUUUCGAACAGCCUUUAAAACACUAGUCAUACAAAUAUAUAUUUGUUUGAGCACGAGGUUACAUGUUAAUAAAGUUAAUCCAUGACUGACAUUUUACAGAAUUUGAUGUAAUGUCCAUUUUUACUGUCUCAAUUUUAAAAGAUAUUACUGCAUAGAUUUAUGAUCAUCAGACCAUUAGUUCACUAAUGUGUUCAGUAUUGUAAUCACUCAGGCACCCGUUUUCGUAUAUUUGACUGUGAUCAGGCACUCAUUUUCAUGUAUUUGACUGUAUUAUGGAGAAGUGCUUUAAUAAGGUUUAUUUUCUCUAUAAAUGAAGAUAUUUACAUGUUACUAUGUUGACAAUUUGUAAAUAGUAUAUAUGGGCAAUAAAUUAAACCUUCCACAAUUUUACAGUCUACAAAUAUAACCAUAAAUUUUCCUAUUACACUGCAAAUUCCUGAAGGAGUUAUUAACCAGUGCUUUGUAACUUGCUGGCUAAGGAAAACCUUUAUUAAUCAGAAAUUAAACUUGGUUGACCAAUCAGUUCACUAUUACAAGAUCUCUUUUGUUGAUUCUGAAGAUGGCGAUACAUACCAGUAACCAAGUACUGAUUUUAAAAAAAUUACCAGUACGGUAUUAUUUAAUUUGUUCAAUAAAACCAGCUAAUCUAGUGAAAUUGAUAAUUACAUGGCUGCAUUUAGCCUUUGGUUAAUGAUAGCAUAUUAAUAGCAUUGUUUAUGAUAUUAAAGAAGACAGUUAUUCACAUUGUAGAUAUAAGAUAUCAAUAUUUAUUCACCUUGUAUAUAUAUUAUAUAAGAUAUCUGUGUGUUUGUAUAUUCACAUUGCUAAUUAGUAUAUUUUACAUGAUGAUUAUUGGAAAAUGUUUUGUAUAUUUUAUGUAUGUAUUAAAUGUUAAAAAAAAUCACAAGAUGAAAAAAAAUAAA